UACAGGACCGAAGACCCACAAAAUAAGAUGUGAUUGCACUUGCUCUGUCUGACCCAGGCUGCCGGCCCUGAGAUGAGAAAUGUUCCCUCAGAAGAUGUGGCUGUGAACUUCACGUGGCAGGAGUGGCGGUACCUGAGUGAAGCUCAGAGGACCCUGUACCGGGAUGUGAUGCUGGAGACCUGCAAUCACCUGGUGUCCCUAGGGCACUGUGUUACCGAUCCUGAGGAGAGCAUCAGGUCGGAGCAGGGAUUACAGCCGUGGACUGUGGACGAUCCCCCAAACCAGGACCUCUCAGAUGUCCAUACUGUGGAUCACCUGACUCAGGACAGCCCUGCAAAUCAGGGCAGACAUGUGUGGCAAGUUCUUACCACCAACAGCAAAAUACCAUCCAACGAGAGAACUGACUUAAUGGAAGAAAGCAAUUUGCAAUCAAGUCAUUAUUUGAACCAUAGUAUCAAAAAUGAAAACAAUUCAGCGAUGAUGCCUAAGAACUUUACUAUACAUAGGACCAUGAUGAUCCCUGGUGAGCCUCAUGAAGGGCAUGCUGGAGAGAACGAGGAGGUCUUUAGUAGAAUGAGGGAACCCAUCAAGUAUCCUGAGCACCUUAGUCACCAGGUGAUUCAGAACUUUCAACAGCCUUUUGAAUUUCGUGAACAAGGAAAAGUCGUGAGUGAAGAAACAGUAUUUACACCUAGAGGAGCCCUUCUGGAAGGGAUUGUCCGUAAAUGCAAUGAGUGCAGGGACACCCGUGAUGAGGUACCUUUCGUUGUCCGAGACAGAACCCAAGGAGGACAGACUCGCUGCAGUUGUAAUGAAAAGGGGAGAGCUGCGGAGAUGACUCCAGUGCAUUUGAAUCCUCCUAGGUAUGUUGAACAUGAGCAGCAGAAAUGUUGUGAAAGUGGGGCCAGUCUCAGAAACACAUUUCACGCCUAUCCGCGUGAGAGUACCCAGUUAGGAAAGAAUAAUUUGGGAUAUAAGAGAUAUGGUGAAGCGGCCUCUAAAACCUCUGUUCUGACUGAACAUCAGAAAACACAAGCAGACGAUCAACCUGAUGAGUGUGGGGGCACCGCUGAGAUUUCCUUACAGAGGGGAUACCAGAGAAAUCUCACUGCUGUGAAGUUGUUUGGCUCUAACGAUUAUGUGAAAACUUACUCAUGGAAGACUGCCCUCACUUUACAUCCACAGUCUCAAACGGGAGUGAAGCGCUACCCGUGUCAGGUGUGUAAGAAAACUUUCAGGCGGAAACCUGCUUUUAGUGUCCAUCAGAGAACUCAUACAAGGGAGAAAUCCUAUGAAUGUCAGGCGUGAAGCAAAGUGUUCUCCCGUAAGUCACUUCUUGUUCUACAUGAGAGGACUCACACUGGAGAGAAAUGCUAUGAAUGUGAAGGGUGUGGGAAAGCUUUUUCCAGGAAGUCUCACCUUACUGAGCAUCAGAGAAUUCACACUGGAGAGAAGCCUUACGAAUGUCAAGAGUGUAGGAAGACUUUCCUCUGGAAAUCAUCCCUCAGUAAACAUCAGAGAAUUCACAUUGGAGAGAAAUGCUAUGAAUGUGAAGG